AUGAGGCGUGCGCCGGCGGCAGAGCGCCUUUCCGAGCUGGGCUUUCCCCCGCGGUGCGGGCGCCAGGAGCCGCCUUUUCCGCUGGGUGUCACUCGGGGGUGGGGGGGAUGGCCCAUUCAAAAGCGCCGCGAGGGGGCCCGGCCAGUGGCCUUCAGUGAGCGCUCGCAAGAGGACGGCAGAGGCCCGGAGGCUCGCAGCUCCGGGACCUUGUGGCGCAUCAGGACGCGGCUGCCCGCUUGCCCGGACCCCGAGCCGCCGCCUCCACCGCCGCCGCUCUGCUUCCUGCGUGUUAGCCUCCUCUGCGCGCUCCGGGCGGGCGGCCGCGGGAGCCGCUGGGGCGAGGACGGCGCGCGGCUGCUGCUGCUGCCCCCGGCCCGGGCGGCUGGAAGUGGAGAGGCCGAGCCGAGCGGCGCCCCUCCCUAUGCCGGGAGGAUGUUGGAGAGCAGUGGCUGCAAAGCGCUGAAGGAGGGUGUGUUGGAGAAGCGCAGCGACGGGUUGCUGCAGCUCUGGAAGAAAAAGUGCUGCAUCCUCACUGAGGAGGGGCUGCUGCUUAUCCCGCCCAAGCAGCUGCAACACCAGCAGCAGCAACAGCCUGGGCAGGGGCCGGCCGAACCGUCCCAACCGGGAGGGCCCGCCGUGGCCAGCCUCGAGCCGCCGGUCAAGCUCAAGGAAUUACACUUUUCCAACAUGAAGACCGUGGACUGCGUGGAGCGCAAGGGCAAGUACAUGUACUUCACUGUGGUGAUGGCCGAGGGCAAGGAGAUCGACUUUCGGUGCCCGCAGGACCAGGGCUGGAACGCCGAGAUCACGCUGCAGAUGGUGCAGUACAAGAAUCGUCAGGCUAUCCUGGCGGUCAAGUCCACACGGCAGAAGCAGCAGCACCUGGUCCAGCAGCAGCCCCCGCAGCCGCAGCUUCAACCCCAACCUCAGCCCCAACCUCAGGCUCAGCCUCAGCCCCAGUCACAGUCUCAGCCGCAGCCCCAUGCCAAGCCCCAGCCCCAGCCUCAGCAGCUCCACCCGUAUCCGCACCCGCAUCCGCACCCGCACCCGCACCCGCACCCGCACCCACACCCACACCAACUACCGCACUCGCACCAACAGCCGCUCUCGCAGCCGCACGGCCACAGGCUUCUCCGCAGCACCUCCAACUCGGCCUGAAGGGGGCAGCACCCGGGCCAGACAAGGUUUUGAGGACUUGAGGAAGUGGGACGAACACCUUUCUGUUGUCUUCACUUGAAUCGAAAGCAAAAGUCUCCCCGCCCCGCACCGGAUCAAGUAGUUUGGACAUCACCCUAUUGAUAACUUGAGAUUCCUCUUAGUUUUCUGCAUACUCUUCAUCACAAUGCGGGAAACGGUUUCAGUCCAGAAGGCUUUAUUUAUGAACCUUUGAAAGGAUCUUCCAGUAUGGUGGACCUUCUAGGAGCAAUGAUGUACUGUAAUUUUAUUUUAAUGUAUUUUGAUUUAUGAUUAUUUAUUAGUUUUUUUAAAAAUGCUUGUUUUAAGACAUUUCUGAAUGUAGGCCAUUUUCCAAAAAAGAAACUUUAUUUUCAAAAACCUAUUCCCUAGUAAAUUCUAAUCUUGGAAAAGAAAAAAAAAAAGUAGAAGGGCGGUGGAGGGGAAAACAUUAAGAAUUCAUUCAUUAUUCCUAGGGCAUUUUCAGAAGGUCUGACACUUUCAUUGUUAUGCCAGGUGGUUGAAAUUAAACUCUGUGAUACUACUUUUUUUUUGAGAUUUUUUUUUCUUAGACAUAUAUUUUCUGUAGAAGUUUAAAAAGCUUAAAUGUUCAGAGUUGUAUAACUAUGAAAAUCUAAUUGCUUUUCUAAAAGGAAAUUCGUAGUAAUGAUGUCUAAUUCCAAAUAUUUACUACAUAACCCAACUGAUGGCAGGAUGAACAUACCAUGAAUAUAUGGUAGGGCUGGUGUAAUGCAGGAAGAGCCUUGCUUAUAACAUCUGUUUGAAGGGACUAAUAAGGAGAUUUCUAUGAUUUCUGAGUAUGAAUGCACUAGGCGUUUCAAAAAACACAGUGGGGGGAAAAGAGAACCAUUCAGUUUGUUUGAGAGAACAUUUGUGCUCUUAUCCACACUAGAGAUUACCCUUCUCCAGCUUUGCACACUCUACUUGAACCACAUUUUCUGACCCUUUUACUGUAUUCUAGAAAUAUACUCUAGAAUCUCAUAGUUUAAAAUACAGUUUGUAAAUAUUUUGAAGGACUAGGAGUCAUAGCUUUUUUGUAUUUGUACUGAAAAUAAUGUUGAUGACAGAAACCAACUGUUUUGCUUUUUAUUGCUCUGUGAGAAAUUUGAGGGUUCUAUGUUUUCCAGUUAGGUUAACUAAACUCAGAAAUUGAAAAGGGAAGGACUGGAUAAACACUGGAUUUUCAGUGAGAAAACAACCCAGUCUUGUUUUAGCAUCUACUUGUUCAGGAGUCUGAGGGGCGGGGUGGAGGGGGGAGCAUGUGCUUUUUAAAGGUGGAACAAACCGUCUUCUGUGUCAAAUCAAAAGGAUGGUCAAAAUCCACAAGGCAGAUGCUACUUAAGCUUAAAAAGAGCCAUAGUUGAUAACAAAUCCUCUUAGGGCUGAAAAUCACUUCCUAUCUGCAUGGCUUUACUGACGAUCUCUGUUUUCCAUUCUCUUUCCCACAAAGUCUUGAUAGUAUUUUUCCAGCAUCCAAAUGGGAAUGGUCAGGAUUAGGCUAUUGCUAAGUUAGGUAGUACAGAAACAAAAAUAGAAUUUCAUGCUAGAGAUGUCUUUAUUCUCCUUCCACCUAGAAAGGAAUUUAGAUCUAAUUACUUCUUAGUGCAAUAUUUAAAUGACGAAAUUUUGAGAUCACAACCCUAAUCCGUAAAGUUGUGGGGAAAAACGAAAACUCAGGCAAAUGGCAAGAAAAACUUAAGGGACUCCCACUUCCAGUGGCUAAGACACAGCUAUGAAAAUAUGCUGCAAAGGGCAGAAGCAUAUAUAUACACACACACAUAUAUGUAUAUAUGAUGGGCAGUUCCGACAGCAAAGCUGAAGAGUUCUGAAGUAUGGUUUGGCCUCUCUUGAGACUACUGCUGUGCUUUUUUGAUAAUGUCUCAUUGUAUUGUUGUUUUAAAAAUGCAGAUCAUAACAUGAUCUUCUCUGAUUAAACCAUAGUUUUUUCUUUCAAGUUUUUGUGCUAUAAAAGUAAAAUCCAUACCAAAA